AUGAGGAGAUUUUUGGUUGAGCCAGAACCAGAACCACCUCCACCUAAUAUGGUUAAUGAGUUUAACCCAAAUGAGAUUGUGCGUGAUCCAGGUCGUAGGAAACAAAUUAAUGAGUAUGCUCCGGAUAUUCAAGAUCAAGUGAGGAGGGCAUAUAUAUUGAAAGGUCCAAUGCAACCAGAAUUGCUAAGCUUUCCUCGUACUCCAUUUGGAAGUGUUAAAAGAGCAUUUAGUAAAUCAUGGUAUAAUAAUUAUACAUGGUUAGAAUACACUGAGAUCAAGGAUGCAACUUAUUGUUUUUAUUGCUUUCUUUUUAAGAAACCCGGGAGGGCCGAACACUUUGGUUUUGAAGUCUUCACUAAAAGCGGAUAUAAAGAUUGGAAGCAUGCAUCUCAAGGCUUGAAAGAUCAUGUUGGUAGUCAUAAUAGUUUUCACAACUCAUGUGUCAAGCACUACGAUGAUUACAAUAAUCAAAGACAAAGUGUGGCAAGUAAGUUUGUUAAAGCAACCAAGGAAUCAGAAGAAUUGUAUAAGAUUCGUUUAACUUGUUCUAUAGAUUGUUCAAGAUAUCUCAUUGCACAAGGCAUGUCUUUUCGUGGCCAUGAUGAAUCCUCUAUUUCUCUAAAUAAGGGCAAUUUUAGAGAGAUGGUAGAUUGGGUAAAAGUUAAGAAUGAACAAGUGCAAGAUGCUUUUGACCGUGGUGGAAAAAAUUGCACAAUGAUUUCCGGUGACAUUCAAAAGGAGCUUGCAAUGUGUUGUGCACAUGAAGUUACCAAGGUGAUUUUGGGAGAGCUUGGUGAUAGACAAUUCUCCGUGUUUAUUGAUGAGUCACGUGAUAUAUCCGUCAAAGAGCAAAUGACGGUGAUGUUGAGGUUUGUGAACGACAAAGGGAAUGUUGUGGAACGAUUUGUUGCUCUACAUCAUGUCAAAGAUACGACAUCUGAGUCAUUAAAGGAUUCUCUUUAUGGUAUUCUUGAUAAGUACACGUUAUCUAUUUCAAGGAUAUGA